CUGACCCCCUCGCUAAAAAACGUCAGAUCUUUUUGGAAAAGCAACUUCCUCGGCAUCCUCCGGUAUUGAGAGAAUGGUUUCUACAAGAAUUUCCUCAUCCCAAUUCAUGGUAUGAAGCGCGAUCGGCAUUUGUGCGCUCGUCGGCGGUGAUGUCGAUGGUGGGAUACAUGGUGGGGCUGGGCGACCGCCACGGAGAGAACAUCCUCCUUGACUCCAUCACCGGAGGGGUCACUCAUGUCGAUUUCAGCUGCCUCUUCAACAAGGGUGACCGGAUGGAGAUCCCGGAAGUGGUGCCAUUCCGACUGACGCACAACAUGGUGUGGGCGAUGGGCCCGACCGGCUACGAGGGCAUGUUCGUCGAGGCCUGCGAGAUCACAGUGCGUCUCAUGCGCGCGCACAUCGAACAGCUGCUCUCGGUCGUGCGACCCUUCAUCUACGACCCACUGCUCGAGUGGAACCGCAACUGCAAACGCGACGAGUACACCGAGAUGACCAACCAAUGUGGUGACCGGAUGGAGAUCCCGGAAGUGGUGCCAUUCCGACUGACGCACAACAUGGUGUGGGCGAUGGGCCCGACCGGCUACGAGGGCAUGUUCGUCGAGGCCUGCGAGAUCACAGUGCGUCUCAUGCGCGCGCACAUCGAACAGCUGCUCUCGGUCGUGCGACCCUUCAUCUACGACCCACUGCUCGAGUGGAACCGCAACUGCAAACGCGACGAGUACACCGAGAUGACCAACCAAUGUGGUCGAGAAAAUACACUGAACAUCCAGCAUCGACUGCUCGGCCAUGUGAGGAACAAUGACAAAGUAUUCACCGAGCGUGUUCUAUCGGUCGAGGGCCAAACUCAGAUGCUGAUUGCCGAGGCAACCAGCAUUGACAACCUCUGUCAAAUGUUCAUUGGCUGGGGGGCUUACCUGUGAACAUCAUUUUAGAUUAUGUAGCAAAAAUAAGUUACCCUCCCUAAUGGCUGAAUUACUAUACUCUGAAUAAAUCCAUGAAUAAAUGAGUUAUAAAUAAGCGACUUGCACAAAAUAUUUGUGUUACUAAAUUGUGCGAAAUUUCAUGCAGUUCCAUAUGACUGGAAAUAUUCAAUUUGACAUCACAGUCAAUACAGAGUUGUCAGUAUUAAUAUAUCCAGUCAUAUGAGCUUGCAUCAAAAGAUUGUAAUUUCACUGAAAUUGGCAUCACAUAUUAUUUUGUCGGGUUUUGUCCAAGUCUCAACUUAUUUUGUUCAGAGUAUAGCUGUCAUUAGGGGUUCAUAAGCUAACAUCCAACGAAUCAGUACGAAUAAUACUAGUUAUAGUUUAAAAUUGUAACUAUAAUUCCAAAUAGGGUUAGGUCUUUACUUUCUACUAAAGACAUUAAUUUCCAGUUACCAGAAUAGUUAAGAAAAAUAAUUAGAAUUUAGUGAUAUUGAAGUAUUUGUAAGAAUAUCAAAAUUAGCAUUAUUCACGAUCUAGUGACUGGAAAAUGAAUUUUAGUUUCGUAUAAUAAGCAAUAAAGUGAGUAAACUUGUAUGUUUUUUGUUCGUGGGUACUCCCUUGUAAGAAGGUCCCACCUCGUCUAAAUAUAAGCCGUUAAUGGUACUUACGAUCGUUAUACUCUAGCCGGGACUAACAGUUCAACGUGCUCAUUCGAUUAUACGGGAGACGGGAGUGACCAGGUUAGCUAAAAACUUUUUUUCAAGCAGUAAAUCUAUAAGUAGUCAAAAUAUCGUUUAAGAAAAUGUGCCUUAUUUUUAGACCAGCCACUAACUGACAGUCGAAAACCGGGACAGUUGCUUCCGACUUUGGUGUGCCCUUGUAGGUGAGCUGUUACCGAACACUGUUCGCUUAUCUGUCGAAAAUGUCCGGCGAAACGUAACGUUAUUGGCUGGCCUUAGGCUGGAUUCCCACAAACCAGUGACAGUGAAAGUGACCAGCACAGUGCAAAUAUAAUUUCUAUGAGUUCUCUGAUAUUCUGAUUGAACUGUUCCUACUCAAUCCGGCCUAGCAAGUAUGAAUAAUACCAUUUAAAUGUAUAGAAAUAAUAUUUUUACUGUGUGAAUCCUUUUCAGUGGUAUGUGGGAAUCUAGUAUAAUAGGUAAGGGUCUUGAUACCACGAGCCGCUUUUAUUUAUAAUAAUUAUAGCUUUAGAUCAAUGAGGCCCAUAAGCACCAUCUUCGAUAAAGCUAGAAGAUAUAGUUUCAUUUUUUAUAAUGGGUUACAUUCAUGGUCUUCAUUUGAACUGAGAUUGUGUAUACGGCCUCAAGUAUUUAAGAAUAUUGGAAAUUGUCUGUGAUAAAUAUAACAUUCAUUAUAUAAUGUUUGUGCAGUGGUAAAAGUGAUAAUGAUGUGGUAGUUAUCCAUGUCAAGUAAAAAGACUAUCAGUUGUCACAAUCAAAAAUCUAUUGAAAUAUCCUCUUACUGGUUUCGGUUGUAAUUCGCGUUAGUUAACUUGAGAUUGAUUAUUUUGUGACAAUCAAAAAUUGGAGAUAUUUUCUAGAUAUUUAAACAAAUUUCUAUUUGUCUCCUUGAUAAACCUCCAGUCUUUUUAUUCAACAUUUUAUUAUCCUUGUAUCCUUAUAAGACUGAUUUAAAAAUAAUUUUGUACGUUACAUUUUUUUAAUUAUUGAGUUACCAUUGUUUGUGGUUAGCAAUGAUUAGUUAGGCCUAGCUAUUUUAUAUGAAAAUUUUAAUUUUAGGCGAUUUAGCAAGUACCUAGCUAAAAGGAAAAUCUGUUUCACUUGAACUUGAUAUGCAGUAAAAUUAUAAUUUGAUAUGUGCCUUAACUAUCAUACGGGUCCUUAUUAUAAUUAUUUGCCUUGAAAUUAGCACAAAACGUUUGUUCGAUUCUAAAAAUAACAAAAAAUAAAUAUAAAUAAUUUCCUGUGAUAAUAUGUUCAUAUCCUUGUAUUAUUAUAUUUAUUGUAUAUAGUUUUAUACUUUACAAUGUGUUCAAUAAAUAAUUUAGUUGUGAUUAA